CCCGCAACACCGGUUAGUGUUUGGGAAGUACUAUGAAAAUUUGUAGCGGAGCGUGGAGCGAUUUCGCCGGAGCGGCAGGAAAUUUAAGACGAGCGCGGAGCGGUUUUGAGCGGAGCGCCCUGGCACAACGUUGAGCGGCAGAGCGAAUGAGCGGACUUCCUCCUGAGCGGGGAGCGGGAAUUGCGCGGCGCUCCGCUCCGCUCACAUGCUCUGGUGUACGGUAUGAACGGUAUAUAGAAAGUAGAUUUGACAGCGAUACUGCCUUCUCAGGCAGUAUGCUAAUGCGCAAGCACGCAGGCGAGCCACGAGCUCUCAUUCCACACCGUACGAGACAACCGCUGGUAGCGUGAAGCUGUCUCUGCAUAUCAGACAUUGGCUGAAUCCGAAUACUUAGUACAUACUAUUUCUGUUCAGUGUCUACUACUUGACCGUACUACACUUGACAGUGUAGUGCGGUCUACAGCAUUGGUUCUCAAAGUGCGGCCCGCGGGCCAAUGGUGGCCCGCAGAAACAUUCCUUGCGACCCGCAAUGACAUACAGAUGUAAGUUAAAAAAUAAAUAAAUAAAUAUAAAGAGAAAAGUCGACUCUGUAGCUUUCAUUUAAAUCCUGUUAUUUGUUAGUUUUAAUCCGACUGUACAUUACUUUGAAAUGAUGAACCUCAGUUUUGUGAUUUAGAUCUCACUUGACCUCACUCCCAGAGGUCAACGGUGCACUGUUUUUAUUCACCACUGGGAUGCUGACAGUUUCCCGCCUACAUUUUUUUCCUUUGCCGGCCCUCAGUCAAAUUUUGGGUUCCUAAAUUGGCCCUCAGCUGUCAAAACCUUGAGAACCCCUGGUCUACAGCUAUGCGUAGAACGCCUCUGAACGAAUCCGAACACCGCCGAAACUCCACUGGAUGUUUGGAGAUGACGUAUCUCCCCUCAGAUGCCGGCAAAAUUACCUUGAUAAGUUACCUGUUUUCCGUCUUGUCAUCGUUGCUAUUAAAUUAAAAAUGUUAUUAAAUUAAAGAAACAUUUAAUGCCAACAGCGGAAACAUUUAAUCCGCUGUUGGUGGUGUCGGGCCAGCCAUCUCUUCUUUGUUCGUUACCAGACUCCGGUUGCAUUGUGGGAUAGCGUAGUGACCUACCGUUGUAUACUGUGGCGGUAGUACGCAUUCGGAAACGUUUUCCGUACUACACAAUGCGUACGGGUUAUGUUGCGCAGAGGUUGCCAAAAAUGCAAACAUGUUAUAUGCAAUCUAACAACUGCAUAUAGACUUAUGGCAUGUAAAAGAGUGACAGUAUUGCGAAGUGAAAUUAAAAAAAAAAAAAAAAAAAUCUUUCUCUGUGGACCGGUACCAAAUGACCCACGUACCAGUCCGCGGACCGGGGGUUGGGGACCGCUGCCGUACAUGACAGCCACAUUCUACGGUGGCUUUGAUGUUUCAGCCAUGGCGGAUCCAAAGAGAAAAAAUAAAGAGUAUUGUGAAAGAAACUGGUGCUUGCCACCUUUCCAGAUUAAAGAUUAAACCCUUUUAGACAGCAUUUUCCCUAUCCAUCUACUUCUAGAGGUUACAAAUUACAGGUCAAGAACUAGCAUGUCAACCAGACAUUUCGUUUCAAUGCAGCCUUUGUGAGCGCAUGCGCCAGAUUGUAACACAGAUCUGCCGUCCACACUUGAAUGCAAACUGUCGCUGGAUCUGUAUCAAGAUUUCACUUUCCACUUUUUUUGAAAGAGGCAUUCCUGGUAAAUCUGCUGAUUUCGUUUUUGUUUAAGUUAGAAACCUACUAGAUUUUCAAUAGAUAUUCAGGCUCUGAUUUAGCUAUGUGUCCCGGUGAACACUAAACUCGAUCACCGGUGAGAUUUGUGUGUCUAGCGGUUUAUGAGAAUUACUGCGUCCUGGCAUGAUCUGAUUAUUACAGUCGCAUUUAAAAAUCAUGCUGAAGAGAAGCUGUCAAGAAUGGCUAUUUUCUUAUGUAAGAGAUUCUGCUUCAAAGACGUGUUGUUAAAUCCUGGUCUGCAACACCUACUUUUACUUUCGAUAAAAAAUCGGAAAAUUAGCCUUGAAAGGGAAAUUAUGUUGCAGACUGUGGUUUUUCCCAUUUUUUUUAUUCAUAGCAUGCGUAUGAAGCUAUUCUGAAAAUAGCAUAACUUGACGGUUCCCCAUCAACUUGUUCAUUGUUCCAUCUGCUUCCCCAACCAUUUCAUAUGCAUGUAAUAUCAACGCUCCAAUGAAGUAGUUUGCUUGUGGCUGCAAAUCAUUCUGUCUGUACCAAAUAAAGCAGUUGCUCCCGCCCCUCCUGCUAGCUCUUUGCUUAACUACCAGAAUUUCUGUUGCUCGUGCCAUGUAUGUCUUCAAUUCCUACCUGCAACAGGGAGCUGUGACUGCGCUAACUAGGACGUGGCUAAUUGGACUGUUCCUGAUCGGUCCGGGGAAACCAGCUUGGAUCCAUUCACCAGAGGCCCCUGAUGACGACGAUAACUUGAUCCUAAAGCUUUGGUUUGUUGGACCCUAGUCUGCUUCCUCCUGCCGCCGGGCCGCUCUUAGCCCCUUGUUUGGAGGGGCUCCACGGGAGCUCUCUCCCGAUUGGCCAGCAGACAGCUGGUCUUCAUUUGGCGCAGAUGGAAGACCAAGCUAGCUCUGACUGAAAUUAGCAGCUCCCUUGCUGCUGGCAACAGAAGCGUUUCCUCAACGACUGUCUCCAACAACCCUGCUUUGUAUCAGCACCAGCCCCUUCACCCCAUCAAUCAGCCUUCUGAAGGUCGCCAACAUGUCCCGCGAUCUGUAUUACCCCCAUUCCCCUGAGAGCCCGGACUCUCCACAGCACCCCUACCAACCUGCAAGUGCCCACGUAGGCCCUGGAAAUGUUGGUGAUCCUUCUCACAUGGUCCCUGGUUCUACCCAUGCAUCUUAUGGUGUCUAUGCCGGAACCUCUAUGAAUCCCAGCCACAUGUACCCAUCGAUGCACCCUGGGUCUAUGGGCUAUAUCCCUGUUCAGAGUAAGCCAACCACUGAAUUGGAGAGUUCCAUUGAUGUCCACAUCACAAGAACCAGACAGGAGGCGGGCCUCCAAUCGAUAAUAAAGAUGCCGGCGCCAGACCAGAAUAAUCAUACAACUGCUUGGCCUCUGGGAUCUCUGGAUUUGGCGCCCGCUGGCUAUAGAUCAUCACCGCCCAUCUUCGAUGGACAGUUUGCAAGAUAUUCAGAAAUGAUGCCGAAUGGUGCCCCAAAUUGGCAUUGGCCUUCGGGCCAACAAACGAGCAAUUAUCACUCCACUUCAUUCCCGCCCACUGCAACAAACGUUCCCCAAUCACAUUAUUCCCAAUCUUCUGAGCGAUAUCCAGUCUCCCGUUAUUCAAGUGCCGAUGAAUAUGUUAGCAACAACAGGUCUCCUACUGCAGGAGCAGAUUCUGCACCGUCUCCUCGAUCGUCACUGGCCUAUGAGCAUCCUUCCACCUCCAGAGAGGCUGAUAACAACCAGACCAGAUUCACCUGUGAAUCAGCCAUGGAUAUCCUCCAACGCUUUGACCUUCAGGAAGAAGACUUGGAGGAUCUCUGUGCGUACUCAGAAGACCAGCUCUCUCCCGCCAACCUACCCUACCUGUUGCGAGACAUCCGCAAGAAGAAGGCAAAAAACUCAUCGGCUGCCUCUCAGUCAAGCACGGGCCACCAGGCUCAAGGCAGCCAGCGUGCCCCAGAAACCAGGGCGGUGUCCGGGGCCGAAGUAAAGCGUGAGGCGCAAGCUCCUCCUACCUUUCAGCAGCCAAGUAAAGUGAUUGAAUACGGACAUACGAGUACAUAUUCCUUAGGCUUCCGUGAAGAAGAAAAGGAUGGAGGACACCACAGCAGCAGUUACAUGAGCCAAAUGUGGGACACUCAACCAAUGGAUGCAGCACCAGCCAAACCCAGUGCUCCACUGUUCUCCAAUGGCUCACAGAGAUCCAACAUCUCUUCUGCUGCUUACAGUCAUUUACCAAACGUGAAGGCUUCCCUGAGCCAUAAGCCAGCCACCCAGUCGAUCCAGACUUCCAUCGCUGCCCCAAAGAAGGUACCUAUUGCGUUGCAGUUAGCAGCACCUGUUGCUAAACCUACUGCCACCAACAUCAUACCUAAGAGGGAUUCCGAUGCCGAUCGUAUGGCUUCUUCAGGAUGUCGAAAAGCAGCUUUUGGAGCUGGGAAUACAAGUCAGAGACCAGCUCCAGCCACCGAUCCAGGGCCAGUUUCCAUCCCCAGGUCCAUCCCUACGAACCAGGGGCCCCCUCCAGCAUCUGAUGAAUCCAUCCGGAGACCUCCGCCAGUCAAGCCAGCAGACGAGAGAGUGCCGACGGCGGCCAUGAUCAGCGACUACAUGGGUGUCAAACCUGAACUUUUCCCCUACACCUGUAGUCUCUGUACCAAACCUUGUUUUGGCAUGAAGGGCUGGCUGGAACACAGGAUUCACAUAGUCCACCUUGCCCGUUGCAGACUUCUACGCAGGCAGUAUUCUGAAUGGGAGCCGGAUUCAGUUUCACUUGAGUAUUCUGAAUGGGAGCAGGAUACAGUUUCACUUGACUCGGCCCCUGAAGAAUCCCAGCAACCCCCCACGACAACCGCAGUCCCCGCCUCCUCCCCGAGUUCACCCCAUCACCCCACUCCGUUCGCCCCGUCAAACUCUGCACCUCCCUUGCCGAGGAGGAUUUUGGAAGCACUCGCGUCUUGGACUCCACCGAAGAGAUCAAGGUCAAAGUCUUCAGGAAGGAAAGGAUCGAGGUCUCCACGGCCGAAGAGGUCAAGGUCUCCACGGAAGAAGAGGUCAAGGUCUCCGCGGAGAAAGAGGUCAACGUCGCCAGCGAGUUUGCGGUCCCCAGAUUGGAAGCGAACCAGCGGUAAAGCUAGCUCGCCUUGUAGCUCAAGACCUAUCCACAGCCGUAGAAGCCGCUCCCGUUCCUCGUCAAGCUCCUCCCCCAGCUCAGACCGUUGCCGUGGCAAAAGGCAGGCAGCCAGGAGAUCUAGGCGAAGCUCUGGGUCCCCACGAAGGGGUCGGGGGUCACGAUCGCCCCGGCAUGCACGUGGUACCAGACCCAACCGCAGGUCCCGCUCUGGGUCUCGAUCCCCUCACCCCUCAUCUCAGCGAAGACGGUCGCGAAGUCACGAUGGGAGGUCUUCGGGUCGCAGACAAGAGGAGACCAGCGUAGAACAGCUGGCCAAGAAACUACUGGAAUCCUCUGGUAAGAGACCAGGUGUCCAGAGCUUCACUGGCUCCUCCAGUCUAGAGCUGGUGGUCCAGUCUCUGGCCCCAGUGCUGCUGGCAGAGCUGGCCAAGCUGAAGGCCGCUUCAUCAUCAUCCUCUGAUUCAUCUAAAGAAAAGAAGCCAUCCUCCUCCUCCUCAUCUAGAGAUGAACAGAAGCAGUCAUCCUCCUCAUCUAGAGACGAGAAGAAGCCAUCCUCCUCCUCCUCAUCUAGAGAUGAACAGAAGCAGUCAUCCUCGUCAUCUAGUGACAAGAAGAAGCCUUCCUCAUCUAGAGAUGAACAGAAGCCGUCAUCCUCAUCAUCUAGAGAAAAGAAGCCAUCCUCCUCUUCCUCAUCUAGAGAUGAACAGAAGCCGUCAUCCUCCUCAUCUAAAGACGAGAGGAAGCCAUCCUCUUCCUCAUCUAGAGAUGAACAGAAGCCGUCAUCCUCAUCAUCUAGAGACGAGAAGAAGCCAUCCUCCUCUUCCUCAUCUAGUGAUAAACAGAAGCAGGCAUCCACUUCUUCGACCAAAGGAGGGAAUGAACCACCUUCGUCCUCUUCCUCUGUUAAGGGAAUCAAGAAGGUAUUGGUUAAGAAGAGUGUACCAACUAAAUCUGCAAAACCACCAGGGUCGGGUCUCCUGGGCUUCGUACCGGCCCACCCUCCCCUGCUCCUGUCUGGGCUUCCCUCCAAGGUCACCCCGCAGCAGGUGUUCUGCGCUCUGGAGAAGUUCGGGAAAAGCAGACUCAUUUCUGUGGCGGGACAAGAGGCCACGGUGUACUUUCGACAAGAAGCUGCCGCUCAUGCCUUGCUCGGCUUUACGGAGCUGAAGAUUGGUGGAAAUCCAAUCACCGUGACACAGAUAGCGGUACCUGGGACAACAACAGUGCCACACCUUCUUCCGACCCCGGGCUCUUCUGUCCAAGUACAAAGCUCUGCUACAAUGGCCGUCAAUGUUGUGGCAGAACUUCCCUCAAGUUCCAUGCAAUGCAACAAGACGACCGCGCCCGGUAUCAAAACGACCGCACCCGGUACCAAAGGGACCACGCCUGGCAACAAGAAGGCCACGCCUGGCAACGCGACUACCACGCCUGGCAGCAAGACAACCACGCCUGGCAAAAAGACAACCAUGCACGCCAACAAGAUGUCUACGCCCAGCAAGUCAACAACCACGCCUGACAACAAGGUGACCACACCCGGCAACAAGGCGGCAACGCCUGGUAAAAAGCCCGCCCUGCCUGGCACAGCACCUAUUAUACCUGGCAACGAGACUGCAACCCCUGGCAACACAACAGCCACUUUUGUCAAGAACACUACCAUGCCAAGCAACGCAACAACCUUGCCUGACAACAAGACGACCACACCCGGCAACAAGACGGCUAUUCUCUGCAAAAAGACAUCCAUGCCUAGCAGCACAACGACUGUGCCUGGCAGCACAACAACGCCCGGCAACAAGAUGACCCCACCCGGCAACAAGGCGACCACGCCUGGUAACAAGACUGCCACGCCUAGUAACAAGACUGCCACGCCUGGUACCAAGAUGACCACACCCGGUACCAAGAUGACCACACCCGGCAACAAGGCGGCCUCGCCUUCUAACAAGACGGCCACACCCGGCAGCAAGAUGGCCCCACCCGUUAACGUAACGAUCACACCUGGCAGCAACACGACCACAACCGGCAACACAAAAACCAUGUCUGAAAACAAGGUGGCCACACCCGGCAACAAGACUACUGUUCUCUGCAAAAAGACAUCCCUGCCUAGCAUGACAACGACUGUGCCUGGCAGGACAGAAACGCCCGGCGACAAGACGCCCACACCCGGUAACAAGAUUGCCACGCCUGGUAGCACAACAACCAUGCCCAGCAAAAAGAAGAUAACCCCUGGCAACACUAUAACCACGCCUGUCAACAAGACGGCCACACCCGGCGACAAGAUGGCCCCGCCCGUUAACGUAACGAUCACACCUGGCAGCGACACGACCACAACCGGCAACACAACAACCAUGUCUGAAAGCAAGACGCCCACUAACGGCAACAAGACGCCCACUAACGGCAACAAGACGCCCACUUCUGACAACAUAACACCCACGCCUGACAACAAGGCAAUCGAGCUCAGCAACAACACUGCCACACCUGGCAGUGACACGACCACAACCGGAAACACAACAACCAUUUCUGAAAAUAAGACGACCACACCCGACAACAAGACGGCCACGCCUGGUAACAAGAUGGCCCCGCCCGUUAACGUAACGAUCACACCCGGCAGCGAUAAGACCACAACCGGCAACACAACAACCAUGUCUGAAAGCAAGACGACCACACCCGGCAACAAGACGCCCACUUCCGACGACAAGACGCCCACUUCCAACAACGUAACCCCCACGCCUGACAUCAAGGCAAUCGAGCUCAGCAACAACACGGACAUGCAAGGCGACACAGAAGUCUUCCCCACAGUCCUCUUCCUAGAAUCAAUUCCGCCUAUUCUCUGCAAAAAGACAUCCAUGCCUAGCAACACAACGACUGUGCCUGGCAGCACAGCAACGCCCGGCAACAAGAUGGCCACACCUGGCAGUGACACGACCACAACCGGAAACACAUCAACCAUGUCUGAAAACAAGAGGACCACACCCGACAACAAGGCGGCCACGCCCCUAAACGUAACGAUCACACCUGGCAGCGACACGACCACAACCGGCAACACAACAACCAUGUCCGAAAACGAGACGCCCACUUCCGACAACAAGACGCCCCCUUCUGACAACCUAACACCUACACCUGACAACAAGGUAAUCGAGCUCAGCAACAACAAGGUCACGCAAGGCUGCACAGAUGUCUUCUCCACAGUCCUCCCCCUCGAAUCAAUUCAAUUUCUUGAUGUUCAGUGUUGGACAUGGAAUGACUUUCUACUCUACGCCACCGGUGGUGCCACCAUCAUGGUGACUGAUCUGCCAGAGAUAAAAUACGAUGCUUACCCUCCGUCUUUGAUCACACCUUUUUUGGGGAAGAUUGGCAACAUCUAUUGGGACAAAUGCUUCAUCCUUCCUGACAACUGCAUGGCGUUUUUAACCAUGACGGCCAAUAGGAUGGCAUCCCUGAUUGAGGCGCUGGUGAUGGAAGCCUCCUUGAACUUCGAAACUGUCCGCUUUCACAUUCUGAAGGAGAACGCCCUCGAAUCUCCGAUCAUCUUCUAUAAACAUCUUCUGCGCUGGAGUGAAAAGCUUUAUGAUGAGUCUACAUUGGAGUACAGACUGGUGUUCAUCAGCAACAUUCCUUAUUGCAAAUCCUCGAUGGACGACAUCUUUAAAGGCGUCCUCAAGACCGGAGGAGUCAGGCACUACCUGCCGCUGAUUGGCAAGAUAUUUGUAGAAUUUGUCACGGUGGAGGAUGCAGACCGAUUCAGUGUCUGGCUGUCCACAUUCCCGCUGGACCGGGAAAUCCAUAUCUCACGUCCUGGCCUCGCCCACGACAAGGCACGGCUUGAAGAUGCGUUCUUGAUGACGGUGUUCACCCAGACCGUAUUCUAUCCCACCCUGUCCCCCCAGUUCUACACUCCAGCACACAGGACGGUGAACGGACCAGAAGACCUUGAGUGGGCGGAGACCAAUUUGACUACGCAGAGCGUCAUGGUGACAGGGCUGGCGUUCGGCACGUACCGCCACAUGGACCUCGUGGAUGAGGUGUGGCCUUACUUUGUGGAGAAGGACAUCAGCCGUGUGUACUACUCCGUAGUGAUACUACCUCUGCAGAGAAGGGCCUUCAUCCACUUUGACGACGCUUUGAAGUGUAAGGAGUUUGUCUCCGAUUUCCUCCACAAGCCGUUCACUAUGGGAGGAUCUGACCUCACCCUCCACUUCCUCGUGAACCAUCUUAAGCCCUGCACCUCAGAGCUGCAAUUGUACUACAGAAUGCUUCAUCUGAGCAAUGUGGUGUCUAAGGGGACUGGUCACCAGGAGCAGCUGAUACUGAAGGAGAUGGAUCACUGCAACAUGAAAGUGCUGAGGGACAUCUUUGACCACUUGUCGAAGAAAACACACCUUAAAUGGCUCAGCUGCCUAGUCCUCGCCAACCGGGUGGUUUUCCGGCUCAUUGGGGGAAGACCCGAUAUUAACAAGAGGACCAGAGUGUUGAAUAAGCUCAAUGGUAAAAAGGGGAAGACUCAAGGUCAAUAUGGGACCAAUCGGGAGGUUGUAGACAAAGUGUGGAAAUCGGUAAGCGAUUUCACGUCAAGCAUUCAGAAUAUAGAUGUCAGGACUGUGAUCAACAGUCCCCAGCAUGCAAAGUCUGGCCAAUCGCCACCGGACCCCUCAGCGCCUGGCCCCUCAGGUCCAGGACCUUACCUCCAGAGAGAGGUCUCAAUGGAGCUCGACAAGACCACCUCCUCAUCUACGUCUACUGGAUUGGAGUCCAACUCUUCAACGACAGCCCACUCCUCAUCCUUGUCUGGAGCCACAGUGUCCUCCUCCUUACAUCUCCACAAGUCCUCCUCAUCUUCUUCAGAUCUCCACAAGUCUUCAUCUUCUUCAGAUCUCCCCAAGUCCUCCUCAUCUUCUUCAGAUCUCCCCAAGUCCUCCUCUUCCUCUACUUCCUCUUCUCUCCCCCUUCCGGUCGGAGUAGUCCCUUCCUCUUCUGAACAGAACACACAACAGAAGUGUGAAGAAUCUUCUGCCCAGGUGUCUGAGGCUGUUGACACGACACACACUCCAUCGCGUACCAGCCAGGAAGGUACACUUAUCACUACCACGGAGGAGGCGGAGUCUCUCGUUCCUGCCUGUCCAGCAAUCAGAAGGAAGGAGGAACUAAGUGAAGCAGCCAUGGUAUGUGAAGAUGACAUGGCGAGGUUUGGCCACAUGAUGGCAGCAGAGACCUCUGCAGUGAAAAGUGCAGCAUCACUGACAGGAAAGGAUGUCUUACACACUGAUCCAUGUCUGGAGGAAGAGGGGAAGAGAAAGGCCCAGCAAGAGUUAACCCUCACAGGAAAGGAUGUGGUCGUCUCUCCCAGCGAAGACAUGAAGGAGAACAGAGUAGAGGUGGACGAAACACAAGAGCAGCUGGGUGAUGAAAAGUCAAGCGACCAGAUGCUCCAUUCGAGGCCAGAGUGUGGUGAGGAGACGCCUCACCAAACCCCGGUCCAGCCUGAGACACCAGGCCUCCCUGACCCUCAGAGCCAGACCUCUGAACCCCAAGAGGAGGAAAUGUUGGCCAAAGUCGCUGAUGAAGCUGAGCCAUUCCAGGAGGUCCAAGAGCACAAAGAGACUAUUUUGGAAGAGGGGAAGGUGACAAUUGUAGAAGAACAAAUGCCUUCUGUGAAUGAAGAAACCCCAUCGGUAGUUUCGGAGGCAGCUGAUGCUUUACUCAACGAUGCAUCGACAGAGGAAGGAGACAUCAACCGGCUCAUGGACUGUGUUGAAGGAUCUCCUCCCAAAGAGGAGGAGCAGAAGACCAAGCAAACCCAAGAGGAGGAGCAGAAGUCCAAGGAAACCCAAGAGGAGGAGCAGAUGACCAAGGAACCCCCAGAGGAGGAGCAGGGUAAAAAGGAGCAGAGCAACGAGGCCCCCACUGAAGGGGCGGACAACAAGGGGCCCGCUGUAGAGGCUGGGGCUCCUGAGCUGGAUCAGCGACAAUCUAAGAGAGGUCACCCCAGUCCAGUGCCGCCAGCGACCACACCGCUGUCCACCAGACGCUCCACCAGGCACUCCACACCCACCAAGAAGAGGGAAAGCCCUGCGGAGGAACCAGUGGAGAAGGCAGUCUCUGUAGAAAUGGAAGCCGUGUUUGAGGUGUUGGAUUCCAUCGGGGGCGACGUGGUGGAAGACGCGCCAGCGCCAGAACAACCAGGACGACCCCGACGGGGGCUAGCGAAUAAAGACCCAACGCCUGAAAAAGAUGGAAAGGUAGUACCUGACGACACUCCUGAAGGAACGCACAGCAAGCAGGAGAAAGUCAAGAAGGAACAGGAGGUGGCCCGUCAAGUCAUGGAGGAGCCACAAGGUGACGAGCAGCCUGCUGCCGGAAAGAGAAGGAGUGGACGAGGGAGGAAAGAGGAGGUGGCGGUCUCUGGGACCUCCAAAAUGGCCGCCAAAGAAGGUCAACAGAGGGUGAAGGACUUGGAGGAGGUGUACCAGGUGGUGGACUCAGUGGGGGGCGAGGAGGAACCAGCUCCAGUGGAGGAACAGCCGCCAGGGUUAGAGCCUAGGAGGGGGAAGAGAGGUGGUAAGGUCGCGGGGAGCGACUCCGCGACAGAAGACGAAGCAGCAACGAAGAUGAAGACCACGGAGCAAACCAUGCAGCCCAAAGUAAACGAGGGUGUUGGAGCAAAGAAGGCGAUGGACGGAAGGAAGGAGAGCCAGGAGCAGGAGGAGAACGCUCUGGUGAGUCUGGAUGAGGUCAGUGAGGAAGAGGAGGACUACCCCGACGAUUCAGUUGAGGAGGAAGAGCUGAGGAAGAGGCAGGCAGGAGAGAGGAGAGAGGAAGAGGAGGAGGAGAGGAAGCGAGGAGAAGGAAUUGAGGGUCUGUUGACCCUAGAUGAGGUUGGAGAGGAGGAGGAGGAGGAGGUGGAUGAGGAAGAGGUUGGUCCUGGAGGAGAGGAAGAGAGUGGAAGAAGAGCGGGGGGGAUCACAGAAGAAGAACUGCAGACGUUGGUCACUCUGGACGAGAUUGUGAAGGAGGAACAGGAAGGGGAGGAGCCAACACAUUCAGAGCCCCUUCCAGACGACCAAUCAGAGGCCAGGUUGAAUACUGAGACGGUCUGUGAUGAAGAGAAAGCGUCUUCCUCCAUCGUUGGUGAAUGUAAACAAAGCGAGGAGCAAGCAGAGGAGUGUGUGAGCUUCGUGACCUUGGACGAGGUGGGAUACGAGGAGGAGGAGGAGACACAGCCACGCAGCAAAAGAGGUAGACAGGCUACAGAGAGGAAAUGCACCAGGAGAGAACAACAACAACAACAACCAGCAACGGCUCAACCCUCUGGAGAGGAAUCCCCGCCCAUUCCGGCCCAUGCUACCUCGCUAUUGGUCGGCAAACCCGGGGCUGUUUUGAGCGUCAAGGGAGCAGAGCCAAUGGCAGAAAGCCCCGCCCGGGAUAGUGAAGAGACAGGGUCGGAGGAGACGAGGCUUCAGAGGAAAUCGUCCAGUAAAGUGAGGAGGGAGGAGGAAGGGGUGGAGCCUAAGAGAGUCCGCUCUCACUCUCCCUCCGUUGCCAAUGACUACACCCUGCCUGCCUUCACCCCCAACAACCCCCUUGGGUCGGAGCAUGUGGUUCCUGGGUUCUACUGUAAUCUGUGUUAUGUGUUCUACAAAAACGAGACCAGCGCCAGGAAACUCCACUGCAGCCGCUUGGGUCACUACAACAACCUGAAGAAGUAUUACCAGGGUCUCCAAGAGGAACAAUCCAGAAGCCAAUCAGGAGGAUCUACUCCUGGCAACGCCCCCAAAUUACUCUAGCCCCGCCCACAUACACAGAACUGUCUUUUCAUUGGUUUCACCGGAAUAUGGGGGAGCCUCGUCGAUGUUGUUCAAUCUUUUUAUGUCGUUUGGAGUGUCUGAAGAAGGAGAUAAGUUUGUUUAGCGCCAAAACAAAAGGACAAUGUGUACUCCGACCGUUCAGAAUACAGAAGGACAGAGGUCUGCACUUCCCAGAUCGUUAUUAGACAGAGUUCAUGAUGGAGUAGACUGUUCUUGCUGUACUUACUUUUUACUUGUGUCUUAAAUGUUUUUCUAUGAUGAUCAAGAGUCAUCAUGGUAUGACCGCUUUAUUAAAGUUCUCUAUGUAUCAAUCUAUGUUAUGUUUAAUGAUUUCAUAUAAUGACGUUGAAUAAAA